CGUACAUCUCUCAUGGAUUGAAAGUACUUGCAAUGCCCAAAGGAAACCCAUUUUUGGCGGAGGCUAUAGCGUCCCUGUUUGGCAGUCACAGCCUUUCAGAUUGUAAGAUUAUAUUCUACCAAGAAAACGACCACCAUCUUGCAGAACCGGCAGCCAAGAAACAGCGAGUUGGGAAUGGCGGGAAGGCUCGUCAUCGCGGAGAGCAUCAUGCUUCCAUACUAGGCGACCCGUUGCCAGGCCAUCGGCUGGUUCUUAGCCAUGCUUCAGAACGGUUCAACGCGCAGCUACAACGCUGGGCAUUCGAUGGAACUCGAGAGGAACGACGUGAUAAGAAAACCCCAAAGCGCUCGCGUGCAUCUUCGCCAUCCGGUCGGAGUGCUGGCUCUGGCAUUCCCGAGCUGCGCAUUCCCCUAAGCGGCUAUGCCGAGAUUCCAAGCG